AUGGAAAAAAGGAACAAGAAAUCAAAUGAAUUUUGGCGUGCUAAUGAUAGGACUGAUUCGGGGACACAUGACAGUAACAACUGUUAUGUCUGUGUAAAUGGCUGUAUGGGGGAUAACAUUAAAAAGUCAAGGAAUAAAAUACUUGUCGCUGUCCGGAGUGCCCAGCUUCCUUUGGAUUAUUCUGAAACCGUCCCAGUUCCGCCAAAGUACAACACCUUUGCCGAGAACCCAGGAAAAGCCAACUCUGUGUUUACAGUAUCUGUCGCAGCCAAUGAUGAUCAUGAUGAUCCAGACUUUGAACCAGAACCAUCUUCGUCAAAGGAUCCAAUUCCCGUUUCGCAGGAACUAUUGUAUAAAAUGGUAGCAGUUUUGAAUUUGUCGAGGAUCAGAGCAACUUGCAACUUUUUUAAAACAAGGCAACAACUUGGCUUUUGGCGUGAAAGUCACACGUUAUCGCAAACGGCAAGAGUAUUUUCAAAAACACUAUACGGUGAAUGA